CGGCACACUCCUCCCAUCCUCUCCCCUUCUCUUCGGUUGGCGGCCGGCGGCUGGCGGCUGGCGCCGGAGGCCGGACGAAGAGGCAGAGGAGAGAUCACCGGAUGGCGUAGCCCCCGCUCACUUCCCGUUCGUUGAGGCAGCAGGGCAGCCACUUCCUGCUCGAACUCGACACGCUUCCCUGGUCGGCGACACCCUUCCGUCGUGGGCUCUCAGUCGGACGGCGACCCUCAAGCUCCACACCCCUGUGGCCCUGUAACCCUCAAGCUCGACGCCCAGAUCCCCUGCGGCGAAGCCCUUCUACCCGUGAGUCAAGUCCCAGUCCGGCUGCUCUGCUUCCCAGCUGCUCCUUCAAUCCGGCUUCGGCAGCUCACUUCUCACCACGGUUCAGCACCUCAACAAGGUAUUAGUUAGUCAUGGUGUUCAGCAAGGUGGAAGUUAACUUGAGAAGGCUGCUUGAGGCGGCCCCCCGCCAGCAGAAUCAGGCUAAGCUUGUCCAUUACAUAACCACAGCCAGGGAGCUGUUGGAGCAACUUGGAGCUGAAAUUACACCAGAAGGAAUAUCAAGCCUGCAAGCUGCACUCUGUGUUCCAGCUAGCAUUUUGUUGAGGAUCCAUAGUUACAGAAAGAAAUACAGCCGUGUUUCAAAAGCUAAGCUCAGUGAGUAUUCAGAAAAGAUUGAAGCACUAGCUGCCACGCUUGCUUCUCUAGUGCCAGAAAAUGAAAAUCUGGUUGAUGAGAGUAGAGAACAAGACAGCUCUUAUGAAAGAGAAAAGGUCGGGAGUCCAAUAUCCUUAUCAUCAGGACUGCGGAGGAGAUCGACGGCUCAGAUGGAGGUUGGACCAAGCAGUCAUGAAAGAAAAGAAAGAGACACUGGAGCACCUAUUAAAUUGGAUGCAGAAGCUCAGGCUCAUAUUGAGAAGCAUAGGAAGCUGCAAGAAGAUCUGACUGACGAAAUGGUUGACUUAGCACGCCAGCUGAAGGAGAGUAGCCUUUUAAUGAACCAAUCCGUGCAAGAUACAGAGAAGAUCCUCGAUUCCACGGAGAGAGCCGUGGAACAUAGCCUGGCGAGUACUGGCCGUGCAACGGCGCGAGCCUCGGAGGUCUACUCGCUGGCCUCCAAGACGAGCUGCUUCCAGUGGUUGCUCAUCUUUUUAAUGACCUGCAUGUUUGUCAUGGUGGUUCUGCUCAUACGGAUCACCUGAUGUCGGUCGCCAUGGCGUGUCACCAGUGGCCGCUAAGAUAGUAGUGAAGUCUUGUAAACGGUCCUUGUAUGAAGAUAAACUUGAACCCGUGUUCCAGAGGAGCAUUGUUGCUCAACUCAACAUGGUUAUGCAGUUUGCUGAAGAAAGAUGUCCCAUUGGGAGAAUGCACCCAGGCCCACUGUUAGUUAAUUUUGGAAACACCAAAUGUUUUUGAAAAUGUGAAUCUAGAAAUUUUGGUCCAAAA